UCGAGCUCGAGUUUUUCCCGCUGACCGAGAGCACAAGCUGGAGCUGAAGCCCAGAGCAGAAGAAGAAGACGAGGAAGAAGCUGAAGCAGGAGCAGGAGAAAGCGGGCGAAAGCGGAGAAAGGAGGCAGGAGAAAGGAGCAAGGAGCAAGGAGCAAGGAGCUAGGAGCCAGCAACAGAGAGAGAGAGAGAGAGCGAGCGACCGAGAGCAGAGAGGACCCAGCAGCCAGUUGUCCGAGGAGUGAAAUUCGAGGCGGGGCGUGAAGGGAGUGGGUGUACGAGUACGACAACGGCAACGACUACCCAUAUAAAGUGGAAAUACGAAACGCCUUGAGGAGAAGCAGCGACGUCGACUGUAGCAGCGAACGCGACGCUGACGACAGCAGAGGCAGAGGGACACGCGUCAGGCGUCCAAGCAAAAGGCAGACAAACAGGCAAAUCCUGCUGAGACGACACGACGAGUCCUUGCUCGUCGGUUCAAACGUGCGGAACACUCUUGGAGGCAGCCGAAAAUCCAAAAAAAAGUAACACACUAGAAGCAAAGCUAGUCCACAAAAAAAUAACACCACUCACACUUACCCACAACAAAGGGAAAGUUUUCACCAAACAAAAAUAUUUAAAAACAAAAAGCUAAAUACAAAAAUUAUACCCAAGAAACCAAAAAACAAUAUUUUCGAAAAAAUAUCCCAAGAUAUAUUCCCUAUUCAAGUGCAGUGACUCGUGUGCAAAAGUUAUCCAAUCACAGUUUCCUCCCCCCUCAAAGAAAAAGCAAGAAAUCAGUUCCAGUUAAUUGUUCUCCCUCAAUUGAAUGGCUAACACUGUGAAUUUUAAUUAAUAUAUUAUAUGAAAAACCAAAAACGAAAACUAAGUGCCGCAAGCUGAGAGCGCUAAACACGAAAAAGUGCUAAAAGUUCCUUAAACAAAUAUUAAUAAAAAAAAAAAGAAAAACAAAACACAAUAUUGUUACAACUACUUAUAAAAAUAUACAAAUUAUACAAUAUAAAUUUUCUUUGCAUUUUAAAAAAAGUAAGAAAAAAGUAUCAAAAAAGUGAGCAGCUCAAAAAAAAAACGUAAGAGGGAAACCAAAGUGCCGCGGAAAAACUAACUGAUAAGCCUACUAAAAUUAUAAAAACGUAUGACUUCUGGCCAGUGAAACAAAUCUAAGGGCCUGAGAAAAAACCAAAUAAAAAUCCAAUCAAAACCAAUUCAAGAUCUGGAAUUCCAAACGGAAAGCCGACGGAAGAUAGCAACUAGUUGUUAGUAGCUACCCCUAACUAAAGCGAAAGGCGGGUCGCCAGAGGCCAACAACCAGGUUCAAGCGGCCACAUACAUACCUAUAUACCGAUACCUAUACCUAUACCAACUCCGACUUACCGACAUCACCUACCCGAUACCCAAACUCCCCGGCCAGAGUAGACAAUUGAUUAUUGAUUUUGUCUAAGGCUGCAGAACUUCACAGCUUAACGCAAAACAAACUUGGCAGCACAGCAACAAAGGGCGACGAAAGGCGAGAAGCGAGUAAAAAAAAAAUAUAAAACAAGGACAGGAAACGGCCGUUGAAAGGCAGCCAGAGAAACAAAAACCGGACCGGAAAAGUCAGGAAACUCGCGGAGAACUCCGGUACAGGCCAGUGUUGUGCAAUGCCAGGCUUAGGCCGGCACAGUGUUGGUCAGCAGCGGUGUGGGGCCUGAAGACCCACAAAAGCUGUGUGAAAAGCAUCGAAAUCCCCGAGAGAAACAAUCCGUAGAAAGGUCUUCUAAUCGGGACUUUCCCUCACCAUUAGCCCCAAACAAAAAACAAAAACAAAACUCUAUCACCCAUCCCCAACAGAAUUUCAUAUUCCCCCCUGGUAAACCCAAACCGAACCGCCAAGAUAAGCCGUCUAAUCGAGAAGCUGCGCCAGACCAACAAACGGAAAAUGUUCUGCUCGCUGGCCCAGACGCUCUUCUGCGUCCUGCUCAUCCAGGGCGGCCUCUAUGCCCUCCACCUGAGCGGCAAUGGCAAUGGCAACGGUGAUAAGUCCUUAGGCGAUGCCAAGGCGGUACAGGUCCCGAGUCAGGCACUGGGACCCUCAACGGGAUCAGCAUCCGCCUGGCAGACAGCUCCCUCGCAACAGCAACAGCAUCAGCAACAUCCCGGAGGAUCUCCGCCGGGCGGUGGCUCCUCAUCGCAUGGCCAUCGAUCUGCGGCAGCGGCCGCCUACGAUGCCACCACCGUGCGGCUGAACAAGGAGAUCGCUGAUAUGGCCCAGCUGGAGCGGGAACGCCUGAUGCUCCUGGCCCGUGCCAAGCAGACGGCGGAGCAACCGCCGGCGGGCAGCAAUCACCGCGGUCAUCCCUUCAUCGCCGGUCGGAUACAGAUGCAGCCCAGUGAGGAGUUGGAUGUGGGUGACUAUCCUGCCCUGCUACAGCAGGCUGCCCGAGGCUACAUCUUCGGCAAUGUCCAGAAGCAGCCACCCACUCCAAUUACCCUAGAGCAGGAUUACGAGCAGCUAAGGGAUCUAGAGAAUAGGCCCGUAAAGUACUACGGAAGGGUGGUUCAGCCCUCUGAAAGGGAGGAGCAGGCGGAACCGCUUUACGAACCACUGCACUCCUUCGGCGACUUUGAUGACUUCUCGGAACUGGAGCAGGAACAGGAGCCCCAUUUGGGCGAGGACGAGUUGCUCCGGGAACUUGAUGCCUACCAGUAUCAUGGUCUGGAGGAGGAACCUCUCCCAGAGAACCCAUACCGCACGCUGGAACAGCUGGAACUGGCCGCACCUGACUCUUUGCAACAGCUCUUCGAGCAGGAACAGGAGCAGCGGGAUGCCCCCUUCAAGGGGAUGCACUCGGGAUCCGUAAAAACCCAUAACCCGGGAAACUACAACAUAAGGGUACAGCAAAAGUGGGCAAGGAAACGAAAUGGCCAAGGAUUGCCUCAUAAUCCCGAGGCAGAGAAACAGUUGCAGCGCCAGAUCUUCGCCCAGCACUUCAAGCCACAACGGAGUGGAAAACUAUCGUUAUCUGCCAACUCGGAGGCCACGGCCAGCAUGCACCUAAAGCCAUCCAGUCGUUCCGGCUCCAAGGAUACUGAAAAGCCCAAUAAUGAACUAGGAGGCAGUGCCUCCUCUGCUUCCGCUUCCACCGGGAAACAAUCAACCGGCGAUGGACUACCCAAACAGCAGGUUGAGCAGCAGUCGCAGCAGGAGAAAAAAGAUCCAAGCCACAAGCGAUCCGGAUCGGGAUCAGCGGGAUCCAUGGGAUCGCCAGGUGGCGGCUUCUCAGCGCAGCCACCUGUUUCCCACAGCAUAGCCAGCCAGCUGAUGCUGCGCACGGCCCGCGGUCAACGGCAGUACGAUGUGCCACAAAUCGAGUGUCCCACCGCCAUGGAUGGCAUGGAGCGUUUCGCCUGCCCAAUACCCGACCGGCAGGGCAGAUAUCGUUGCAUAGACGAUCAUGUGCUAUGCGAUGGCUUCAUCGAUUGUCCCGAUGGCGAGGACGAGGACCGGAGAUCCUGCAUGUUCUACAAGACGACGAAGGCUCACUUGGAUGUGUUAGCGGAUGCGUUACUGCGCUGGGCGCGAGGGCGUUAAGCUCUAACCACCCACCAACCACUCACACACACAGAGUAUAAACACAAACAAACACACUCUCUAAGACAGUAACACCCAAAAGAAACAUACACCUAGAGAACUCACUUUAAACAUUAAUGACAAAAAAUUAGUUUUAACGUGUCCCAAGUCAAGCAAAACCCUAUUAAGUUUAAACAUUACUCAAGAACAACCAACACUCAAACACACACACACACACACAGACAAGCCAACCACCCGCCUGUCCUUUGACAUGAGAUAGGAUUCCCAAGAGAACUCCCAAGAGAAAAAAAACCCAAACCAAUAAGCAGCUUGCUAAGAGCUGAAUGGAUUGCCAAGUAAGAGAACAGAAAGCUAUGAUUAAAAACAAAAUGAGGCAGCAAUUAUGCUUAAAAAAAGGUAUGAUUAUUAUUACACUAUUAUUAUUAAAAAAUUAACUUAAUGAAAGGCCAAGAACAAAGCGCAGUUAUACAUACUAAAAGAAAAACUAAAUUAUAAUUCAACAAAAAGAAGAAAACGAAAACCAGACAAAAUCGAAGCUGUUUUUUUUUUCAUUUCAAAUUUGUUUCGCAGGAACAGAGAUAAAAAUGAUGAGGAAAAACAAAAUUGGGCCUAACUAUUUUUAGUAUAUAUUAAACAAAUAUAUUAUAAAUAUAUCUUACUAUAUGAAAUAUAUAUUUCGUGUACA